GCGUUACGUGCUGCUUCGCUUCUCCUUUGCGCUCAAAAAGAGCCCCCGCCUUUCCGCUCGGGAAUGGCAGCGACUGACCCGGAAGCGGCCCAGAGACAAAGGGAGGAAAUUGAAGCCCUGUCUUCUAUAUAUGGUGAUGAGUGGUGUGCAGUUGAUGAAGAUGAGAAAAUAUUCUGCAUUAAGAUUAGCGAUUGCUUGGAACAGCCAAAGUGGACUCUUUGUCUGCAGGUAAACCUGCCUCCUGAAUAUCCAACAGCCGCACCACCUAUUUAUCAACUUAAUGCUUCAUGGCUUCAAGGGCAGGAGUAUGAGGAACUUGCAAAUCAUCUGGAAGAUAUUUAUAUACAGAACCUUGGUGAAAGUAUCCUUUAUCUUUGGGUGGAGAAGAUACGGGAAGUUUUGAUUGAAAAAUCACAGUCCUGUGAUUCAGCAGGGCCAAAUAUUAAAAAAAUUACAGAGGAAACUGAUGUGGAGUACGAAGAAGAUUUUUCACUUGAGUAUCAGCUUCUCCAGGAAUAUACAGCUGCAACACCCAAUAUUGAUCUACCUGAAAGCCAAGAAGGUGAGGAACUACCUCCAAUUUUUCAUGGAAACCCAAUUACAGACCGAAGAAGCACUUUCCAGGCACACUCAGCACCGGUUGUGAGCCCCAAACAGGUGAAAAGCGUUCUUGCUGAGUUGUACAAAAAUAAGAAAAUAGCCAAUGCGACUCACAACAUAUAUGCAUACAGAAUAUACUGUGAAGACAAGCAGACAUUUUUACAGGACUGUGAAGAUGAUGGAGAGACAGCUGCAGGUGGCCGUCUUCUCCACCUCAUGCAGAUCCUAAAUGUCCGCAAUGUUUUGGUUGUGGUGUCCCGCUGGUAUGGUGGUAUAUUGCUAGGACCAGAUCGUUUUAAACAUAUCAACAAUUGUGCCAGAAAUAUACUUGUGGAUCAGAACUACACCAGUUCUUCUGAAAAUUUAUCUAAACAGCCAGGGAAGAACAGAAGAAUAAGAAAAGACAAGAAGAAAACAGAACAUUAAUUCAUUUUGCAAAACUGUGCAACAUGUUUUAUUUUCCACCUGUUCAUAUUCAAUUAACACAAUCACUCAGGUGCUGAAAUGAAUUUAUGAAAUUCUAAAUAUUUAUCUCAAAGACAUAGAAAUACUUUGCAAUAACCAGAGGUAAUGCUACAUGACCACAUAUCCAUAAAGCCUUUUCAGACUGUUUUGUGCCUCAGCUGCUCAGAAAUUGAAGCCUUCAACAAAUGAAUUUCCCUAUGUGUUUGGUUUUUGAUUUGUUAAAAUUCAUUAAACAAGGAAAAGCAUGGUUUCACUAUC